UCUUCGCGGCGCCGUUUCUUUGUAGAGUUCGGUGGCGCGCGCAGCGGGGAAGCUCGUAGAAAAUAGCUCGUGGUCCACAUCGAUCCAGCUCUUGUCCGACACGAUUGACCUGAAAAACUCGGACUUCACCUGCUGCAACUGCAAAAUGCCCAAGUCAAAAGAAGUGCUGUCCUCGACCUCCAACAGUGAUUCUGAAAGCGAACCUGACACAAAGGCCAAGAGGAAGAAGCAGGCCACGGCAGAAAAGCCAGCAAAGAAGCAGAAGAGCGGAGAGUCUUCGAAAACGUCCACUGCGUCCAAGAGCAGCAGCAAUAAAAAUGAGAACAUGUUCCAGAUAGGAAAGAUGAGGUACGUGAGCGUGAGAGACUUCAAAGGGAAGGUGCUUGUUGAUAUCCGCGAGUACUGGAUGGACCAAGAAGGUGAAAUGAAACCAGGAAAGAAAGGAAUCUCCCUGAGCCCGGAGCAGUGGAACCAGCUGAAGGAGCAGAUCGACGACAUCGACGACGCCGUGAGGAGGAUAUAACAGCUCCAUGAAGUUCACAAGCGGGUUUUAUUUUUGGUCUCCUUUGUUUUUCUUAAAAAAUACUCCCAUUCCACAUUUUGUAUACAUUAAUCAUUCUGAAAGUCCAU